AUGGCAGCUUAUCACACUCGAUCAAUUAGCUUUCCCUCUAGCCAGCACCCUCUCAUUCCCGAAUUUGACGAGCAGUUGUGCAGAUUGAGGUCCUCAGAAGCGGCCUCUUCUUCAUCAACUUCUCUAAGCAGCAAAGUCAGCGGACUUCAAGAUCUGCAUGAUUGUGUCGACAAGUUGCUUUUGUUACCACUUAACCAACAAGCCUUGUCCAAACAGCCGAAUGAGGAAUGGGUUGACGAGCUUUUGGAUGGGUCUCUUCGACUCUUGGAUAUGUGCAACACAGCCAAGGAUGCCUUGCAGCAAACAAAGGAAUCCACACAAGAACUUCAAUCAAUUAUUCGCAGAAGACGUGGUGGUGAAUCGAGUCUAUCGUGUGAGGUCAAGAAAUUCUUGAACAUCAGGAAAGCAGUGAAGAAGGCACUGCACGAGGCCAUGGAAAACAAAUGCACCUUCAGUCUUCUUAACCAGGAUCAAGAAAUUGUUAGCAUGUUGAGAGAGGUUCAAUCAAUUACUCUCGCGGUUUUUGAAUCAAUGUUCUCCUUCAUCUCGGGGCCAAAGUCAAACAGCUGGUCAUUGGUUUCCAAGUUGAUGAACUCCAAAAAGGCGUCUUGUGAGAAUGUCAACAAAUCAAACGAAUUUGUAAACGUGGAUGCUGCAUUGAACAGCUUGCUGAUCAGCAACAAGUCGAAGAAAUCGGAUAGCAUGCUUGAAGAGAACGCUCAAAACGAGCUUCAGAAAUUGGAAAUGUGCAUUCAAGAUCUUGAAGAAGGAGUUGAGAGCCUUUACAGGCGUUUGCUUAAAACCAGAGUUUCUCUGCUCAACAUCCUCAGCCACUAG